UUUCAAUAAAUAUUGCAGUGAUACUGCGCAAUGUGAUUUUUAACUUAUUUAUAACUUAUUGCGCCGCAACCUACACGUUAUUGGAUUUUCUCUAACUAGUGACUGUGCAUCACGCUCCCAUCUGUGGCCGCGCAGACAGAGAGUCCCAGUGUGACCGUCUAUCGGUGAAUACACAUCACUAACAUUAAGAACAACAUCGAAAAACCACCGAAAACUGUUAUUUAUUUUGCUGGACAAAACGCAGUAUUGGCUUAGAAUCGGCAAACCCGCAAAGUCCCACAAAGGUUAAGCCGCAGGCAGCACGAUGGAUACACCUUGAGGAGCCAGUCGGACUGCCACCUAGCGGAUUGCAAAAAUCGGACGCGGAAUGCAUAGGAAGUCCAGGUGUGUCCCAUUCGGGGUGAUGCUAAGUUUCCUGUGGAUCGAAGGCCCUUAGCCUAGCGACUCCUGCUUUUUGCGAAGCCCAUCUGAACUAAUCCAAACCAAAGGUGAAUGGGAACUAUCCUAGAAGUAGCAAUCGAACCAAAAAAUACGAAUACCCUAAAUUACAUACGUAGAACAUUAACCCUAGAAGUAAAGACAAACGCAGCAGGUGCCGGUGUUUCCCAGGAAGCGGUCCCCAGAAAUUUAGUUACGAAUCCAAAUAAUAAAAACCAAACAAAUGGUACGCAGCCGUCGUAGUGUGUCCAAGGAGGAUGCCGUCUCUCUGCUCACAGACAGCGGCAUAUCGCUGUCUUCGCCGCCGGCGGCGAGGGAAUCCUCACCAGGCCCUACGCUUGCGAUCAAAAGGAGGAAGAGCAGCUUGGCAAGUCUGCGCGAUGCUUGUGUGGACGAGGAGGAGGACGACGGCGGAGAGCAGGACUCAAAGGAUGAUGAUUACGUGCAACCGCAGCUUAAGAAGUCUGCCCGAAAGGGCGAACCGGUGAAACGCAAGCACCAUGUCUGCAGUCAAUGCUCCAAAGAGUUCGGUGGCAAGACGGAUCUGCAGCGCCACAUGCUUAUCCACUCGGACGAACGACCGCACAAGUGCAAGGAUUGUGGCAAGAGCUACCGCCAGGCGGUCAACCUGAAAAAUCAUAUCACCACCGCCCACGAGCAUCGGAAACAGUUCGUUUGUUCCCAGUGCCCAAAAUCAUUCGCCCUCAAGGAGCGCCUGCGGCUCCACAUGCGCCUCCACUCUGGCGAGAAGCCCUAUCCUUGCGACCUCUGCGACAAAAAAUUCGCCCGAGGAGGUCAACUGCAACAGCACAUGGUUUCUCACCACAAGACGAGUAUCCAGCAGUUCAACUGCACUAAGUGCUCGGCCAGCUUCUCAACCAACGCCAAUUUACGGGUGCACAUGGAGCGACACGAGCAGGGCAUGGAGCACCGGUGCAGCAUCUGUGAGAACCAAUUCGCCAACGAGCUGGCCCUGCGAGCGCACAUAAACCAGGAGCACCACAAGCUGACGCAAUUUGAGUGCGAGAUAUGCCAUAAGAUGAUCGAGCCGGACGAGGAUUUGGCCACUCACAUGCAGAGGCACACCGCUGUUAAGACCCACGUCUGCGAGGUGUGCAACACAUAUUUCACCCAGAAAAGCCAGUACAAUGUCCAUAUGCGAAUGCACACGGGAGAGCGCCCCUAUCAGUGUAGGAUCUGCCACCAGACCUUUGCCCAUUCAAGCGUACUAAAACUGCACAUCCGAAAGCAUACGGGGGAAAAACCCUUUCGCUGCCAGCUGUGCGAAGACGAAGUAGCCUUUUCUCAGCUGGCGCACCUAAAGAACCACAUGAAGAAGAUACACAAACAGCAAAAGCCCUACAUGUGCGAAGGCUGCCACGAUUUCUUUAAGAUCAAGGUGGAGCUGCAGUCGCAUGUUGAGCACUGCGCCAAGUGUCCAGUUGACGGGGACAAACCCAGUGGCAAUCAGUCUGAAGAUGCGCAAAUUCUCUCUGUCUUAAGAUUUAACAUGGCAGUGGUACUGAAGAAAAUUAGCUCCGCUCAAAAGCUGCGCCAGUUGGGCUACGAGAAGCGUCUAAUCGAUAACGUUAUCAUUGCAUCCUUGAAGCUGGCUCAGCGACAAUCCCAUGACGACGCCACGAUGACCCCAUUGGCCAGACUCCGGCUAAAUGUGGAGGAAUUUCUUAAGUGGAUUGUGCCAGCCCCCACUAUGCAGAAAUUCAGCGACGAAUUGUUGUCUAUAGACACGAUUCUUGAGAAAAUUGCUACCAUGUAUAUGAAACAGAAGUAGAAUCCAGGAGUUGAUAGCCAACGCCAAAUGCGAGUGUGCCAUAGAAGAAGGAUUUGUAGAACUAGUUCUUGCCAUUUAGUUUAGUGUUUAGUAACCCAAAGUUGCAGAACGAAACCCAACCAAAUAAUUUAUCCCAAAGAUAUAUACUUUGUAGUACAGGUCAUUUUAAUGAAUUACUACCCUUAAUCCCAAUUUUGCUGCUACCAAAAAGUAUAAUUUGAAGAAUGUAUGAGUUAGUGUUGUCAUAAUAAUUUCCCUAUUAAAGGAAAUUAGUUUAAGAACGAAUUUCGAUGCAAUAAUUUAUAAAAUAAUAGGCAUAACACGAUUGAAACCUGAAAUAUUUUUGUAUGCUUAGUCUUGCCAGAGCAACAGAUUGUCCCGGAGUGAAUCUAUAACAGCUCAAGUACAAUACAACUCAUUGUGGCCAUGCUUGUAAAAUUAAUAAGCUUAAUGCAUUUAGUUGCCAUUUGUCUUUUCCAACAAAAGUGCAAAAUCUGAAGUGUACAACUGAAAUGCAAAUCAAAAUACGCAAGUGAAAAAAUGAAAUGAAUAAUAAAUAUUAUUUGUGACUAC